AUGGGUUUUUUGAAAUGUCAGAUCAUUGUAAUAUUCCUAUUUUACUACCUCAUCAUAAUAGCACAGCCUAAUUUCAGUUUACAAUGUAAUGUGACAGAGUACCCUCCAAAUGGUACAUACCACACAAACCUUAACACACUUGUCUCGUCUCUUUCGCGCAACAUAGACAGUGAUGGCUUCUAUAAUGCUACCAUAGGCCAAGAUCAGGACAGGAUUAGUGCCAUCGCACAAUGUAGAGCAGAUGUUGAAUUACAAGCAUGCCGCGACUGUAUAAAUAAUGCUACUCGCUUGAUUUUAGAGAAAUGCCCUUCCAAGAAAUCAGCCUUUGAGGUUUAUGAUGUAUGUCUGAUAAGAUAUUCAAAUGAGUCCUUCAUAGGCACUAUGUCAACCGACCCACGAUCUAUUUAUUAUUACAACAGGGAUUUCUCGGACCCCCAAUUGUUUUUUAACCAAUAUCUGACACCCGUGUUGACAAGCUUACGAACUCGAGCUUCAGCGGGUGGAAAACGCAAGUUUGCUGCUAAUGUUUUUAGCGCCCCUGAUUUUCAGACUAUACGUGCACUUGUACAGUGCACAUCCGACUUAUCAGCUCGAGGUUGCUAUGAUUGUUUAACCGCUAUUUAUUCAAGUUUGCUUGGCUGUGGAUGUUAUGCAAAGUGGGGAAACUACUAUAUAAUGCCCAGCUGCAUUGUUCGGUAUGAACCUUACUCAUUCUUUAAUGAAUCAUUAUUGGCUGAACCUCCACCACCCUUAUUGUCACCGCCGCAGCCAGCCUCAUUGCCGCUGCCGCCACCAGGGAAGGCUGAUAAAACCGCAAGAACUAUCAUCAUUAUUGUUGUGCUCGCUGUCACAGUUGUUAUUUUUAUUGUUUGUAUUCCUGUCAUCUUGAUGAAGAGGCGAAAGAGGAAGUUGGUGAACAAAAGAGAGGGUAUACGAGACGGUGAUACUAGCAGUGCAGAAUCCCUGAAGUAUGAAUUUUCUACAAUUAGAGCAGCAACAGAUAACUUCUCAAAUGAUAAUAAAUUGGGUCAGGGCGGAUUUGGUCCGGUGUACAAGGGUAAGCUUUCAAAUGGACAAGAAGUAGCAGUAAAGAGAUUGGCUGCAAAUUCAGGCCAAGGUGAUCUAGAGUUCAAAAACGAGGUCUUAUUGGUGGCCAGGCUUGAACACAGGAAUUUGGUUACGUUACUCGGAUUUUGCUUUGACGGAACAGAGAGACUUCUUAUCUAUGAAUUUGUUCCCAAUGCGAGCCUUGACCACUUUUUAUUUGAUCCGGUUAAACGUAAGCAUCUGGAUUGGGAAAGACGAUCCAAAAUCAUAGGAGGCCUUGCUAGGGGAAUUCUUUAUCUUCAUGAGGAUUCUAGACUUCGCAUCAUUCACCGUGAUCUGAAAGCUAGUAAUAUUCUACUUGAUGCAGAAAUGAAUCCUAAAAUCUCAGACUUUGGCAUGGCAAGGUUAUUUGCAAUGGAUGAAUCUCAAGGAAUCACAAGCAAAAUUGCUGGGACCUAUGGAUAUAUGGCGCCAGAGUAUGCAAUGCAGGGAAAAAUGUCAGUCAAAUCAGAUGUUUUUAGCUUUGGAGUAUUAGUCCUGGAAAUUUUAGGUGGCCAAAGAAACACUUGUUUCAUAAAUGGAGAAUAUGUGGGAAACCUUCUAAGCUACGCUUGGAGGAAUUGGCGUGAAGGAACAACAUCAAAUUUAAUAGACCCCAUGUUGAGGGGAAGCUCGGGACUGGUUUCUGACAUAACGAGAUGCAUCCACAUAGCCUUAUUGUGCGUUCAAGAAAAUGUUGCUGAUAGACCAACUAUGGCUGCAGUAGUUCUCAUGCUCAGUAGUCUCUCUCUGGCUCUUUCAGUGCCUUCAAAGCCCGGAUAUUAUAUGCAAAUUGAUGUUAUCCCAAAUAUUUCACCUAUUCAAGGAUACAAAUCAAGAUUAAUAUCAGAAUCUAAUCGACCAGCCAAAAGUAAAUCUAUUUGCUUAUCACAAAAUGAGAUGUCAAUAAGUGAGUUAGAUCCUAGAUGAUAGAGUUAGAUAUAA